GAUAGCAUUGCAGCUCUUCGGAACGACGACACAGCUGUUUCACAGAUUCUCCAAACAACUGAAGAGCAAGCUCGCAAACUGGUGUUAACCAUGCCAGAAAACAGAGUAAGCAGAACCCCAGCACGUUUCAGGCACACAGCAGAGCCAGAAAUACCAGCACACAGUACGCCAUCGGUUUGUUGGAAACGUGAGUUUUACGAGGCUGUCGAUUUGGUGUCGGGGGAGCUGAAGAGGCGCUUCAACGAAGACACUUUGAGACUUGCGGUGGAGAGAGAAAGGGCUGUUACUGUUGCGGCUCAGGGAGGAGGAGUUCAGUUGGAGGGCCUUCAGCUACCCAAAAGUGUGGACAGUGCGCGCCUGGACCUACAGAUGAAGAUGCUGAGCAGUGUGACAGCACUGCAUCCGUGCAACUCUGUCAGAGAUGUAGCUGAACGUCUGCGCAAUCUCCAUCCGCAGACACGAUCGUUGUUCACAGAGGUGGAGAAGCUCGUGCAAUUGUGCUUAUGUCUGCCCAUAUCAGUGGCCUCCUCUGAGCGCUCGUUCUCAACUCUGCGGAGGCUGAAGACCUGGUUACGAUCCACCAUGACGCAACAGAGACUGACGCAUCUGGCACUGAUGAAUGUGCAUAAAGACAUACUACACAACAUUGACAUCCAAGCCCUUAUGAGGGACUUCAUAUCUGUAACAGCAGAGCGUCAGUCCGUUUUUGGAGUGCUGUAGGUCUGCAUCCCCAUCUCACUCCAUCUCCUGAGACCCUCGAUGGCGGUGUGACCGACGAUUUCAGCACAGCAUUGAUGUUCAUACUUCAUAGCCUAAUUAUUUUAAUGUUGUUAAGCCAGCUGCCACCGAGCAGUAAUGUACACACAGAGAUCUAGUUCUUUUUUUGCAAAUUAAUUAGUUCUGUCAGUGAUUUUUUUUGCACAUUAAAAU